AUUUUCUUGAGUCUUUCCAUCGCAUGUUUCUUCACUCGCUUUCUUCAUCCACCCCCAGCCGAUCCGUUACACUCGCGCCCCCGCCCUUGUUUAGCCUGCGCAAUGGCCAGAAUCCCUUCAGUCUGCUUGCUCCUCCGCCCAUUCCUGGUGGCAGCGGUGCUGGCGCUGGGGAGUGCUGAAUUCCAGAAGCCGUCCGGUUGCACGGGAGGCUCCCUAUACUUCACGGCGCACCCGGUCGACGGUCUCCUCUACCAGAACCCGGAUCUCUUUCACGAUUUCUAUGUCUUCAAGUGCAUUACCUCAGUAGUCUUCACAUCGGGCGAUCGUGGAAUAACGGGCAACUUCUCUGCCUCGUUGGAGCGCGGCCUCGAAGCCGCGUAUUCGCACAUGACGGAUCCUGAUGACGGGACAAGCUGGGGUGAGACGAGUCUGGAGCACACCGAACACAAUGUGACUAUUCGUUUUCUCAAGAAAAUGCCAAAUGUACAGAUACUCUACAUGCGACUCCCUGAUGGCGCCUCUGAUGGGCAAGGCUACGCGGCACAUGGUGGUCAGUCGUUGAGGAAGCUCUACAAGGGUGAGCUGAAGUCAAUCACUGCAACCGACCAGAGCGCUACGUACACGCUUGAAUCGUUGAAGGACCUCAUCCGCACCCUGCUGAAGCAGAGGGCAGCCCGCCACAUCAGCGUCCUAGAUUACGGGACGCCAAUACCAGGCGACAAUGAUUUCGACGGCGAUCAUUCCGACCACGCGAUCUCUGCUCGACUGGUAGCUGAAGUGGUAAAACAGGAGAAAAUCAAUGGUACAUUUCGUGGCUACGCUGGCAGCAUGAUGCGCAAGCUUGAUGCGAACUUGAACUAUACGCACUCUAAUUUCGCUGUCAAAAGGGAUGCCAUGUUCCAGUACUCCCGACAUGACGAGCAGAUGUGUCAAAGCUACCACGAAUGCCUUGAACGGGCUGGGAAGGGCUCCAGCAACGACGUACCUGACGACGUGAACUACGUGGCGGAGUGGCUGCAGCGCGAAUAUUAUGUUAUCUGAACGAAGUCAGCUGCCCGAGAACCGCAAAGCGGGGACGAUGUGCUGGGACAAAACCUGAGCAGAGCUUCCAUAUCGAGGCCUUCUCGUCAAGGUCGGUCCGGCCGUGAAAUUUUGGGGAUACGCCAAGGGCAAGGGCGACUGCUGUCGUAAUAUAUGAGCAUAAUAUCCAUGCUAGCAGCACGAGUGCCGUUAUGCUCGACGUCGAAGAACAGAGUAUAUGACCUGUUGAAAGGAAGUCGAUCGUGAUAGGAGCUAAGGAUAUGAAGCUAGGGCUACAGUAUAGCUCACGCGAAGUCUGGCUAUCUCCGUAGAUAAGCUUCAAGGAGAGUCACUCCUUCAUUUCUCUGUCGCUUUCUUGAAUCAUACGUCACCGCCUAGGUAGGAGGUGAGGAGCGGCGCGGUGCAUCUAUAGGACAGAUGUUUGCUACAGGAAAGCUAGGGGUCGGGUACACAAGAAAGUAGUCGGAGUUCUCCGCGACAUACUUGAU